GCCAUGACGAAGAGAGAGGCAGAGGAGCUGAUAGAAAUAGAAAUCGAUGGAACUGAGAAACAGGAAUGCACUGAAGAAAGCAUCGUUGAGCAAACCUACACCACAGCAGAAUUUGUGAGUCAAGCUAUUGACAUCAAUGAACCAAUUGGAAAUCUUAAGAAGUUGCUGGAACCCAGGCUGCAGUGUUCCUUGGAUGCACAUGAAAUUUGCCUGCAAGAUAUCCAGCUGGACCCAGAUCGAAGCCUUUUUGAUCAAGGAGUGAAAACAGAUGGAACAGUGCAACUCAGUGUGCAAGUAAUAUCUAGGCAAGGGAUUGAACCCAAGUUAAACAUCCUUGAAAUUGUGAAGCCUGUGGAGACUGUGGAGGUAGUGAUUGAUCCAGAUGCUCAUCAUGCAGAGGCUGAAGCUCACCUUGUUGAGGAAGCUCAAGUAAUAACAUUGGAUGGAACAAAACAUAUUGCAGCAAUUUCAGAUGAAACCUCUGAACAAGUGACACGAUGGGCUGCAGCACUGGAAGGCUACCGAAAGGAGCAGGAGCGCAUUGGAAUACCCUACGACCCAGUGCAGUGGUCGACAGACCAGGUACUCCACUGGGUGGUCUGGGUGAUGAAGGAGUUCAGCAUGACUGACAUUGACCUCAGUGCCCUCGGCAUUUCUGGGCGGGAGCUCUGCAGUCUCAGUCAGGAAGACUUCUUUCAGCGCGUCCCGCGGGGAGAAAUCCUCUGGAGCCACUUGGAACUUCUUCGAAAGUAUGUGUUGGCUAGCCAAGAACACUCUGGAGAAAUAGCAACUGUUACUAUUGAUCAGCCUGUGCAGAUUAUUCCAGCAUCUGUACAGCCUGCUACCCCAACCACCAUUAAAGUAAUAAACAGCAGCGCAAAGGCAGCUAAAGUACAGAGAGCUCCGAGGAUCUCUGGGGAAGAUAGAAGUUCCCCUGGGAACAGAACAGGAAACAAUGGCCAAAUCCAGUUGUGGCAGUUUUUAUUAGAACUUCUCACUGACAAAGAUGCUCGGGACUGUAUUUCGUGGGUCGGUGACGAAGGAGAGUUUAAACUGAAUCAACCUGAACUGGUUGCGCAAAAAUGGGGACAGCGGAAAAACAAACCCACGAUGAACUAUGAGAAGCUCAGUCGGGCUUUGAGGUAUUACUAUGAUGGAGACAUGAUCUGCAAAGUGCAAGGCAAGAGGUUUGUGUACAAAUUUGUCUGCGACUUGAAAACUCUCAUUGGAUACAGUGCGGCAGAGUUGAAUCGCUUGGUCACGGAAUGUGAGCAGAGGAAGCUAGCCAAGAUGCAGCUCCAUGGCAUUGCACAGCCAGUUACAACCGUCGCGCUUGCUACAGCAUCCCUGCAGACAGAGAAAGAUAAUUAAGCGCUAGGACCUGAAAGUGGGACCCUGAGGCCUUUCCUAUGUCACCAGAGCACUUGCUGCUCUUACCUUUAUCAGAAUUGGAAACUUCUUUUGUUUCUUGACAGUACAACAUACUGCAUGAUUUUCUACAAAGAACUGGGACUCGCAUAAAUUUGGAUCUUUUAACAGCAUAUAUUUCAGUAUAAGUUAAGGGAUCGCCACAGCUUCUGCAGCUUGGAGUCAGGGCCCCUGUGGUAUGCAGUCUGAAAUCGGUGAGAAAGGUUGAAAUGGUCAGCACUUUGUGUCCACAGCUGUACAAAGUAAUUUCUGCAG